GCGUGGUUUGUAUCCUAUCCAUUUUUUUUGCUUAUGGCCAUGCUGGAAGCUAUAAACCCACCAAAAGCGAAGUGCUUGUGGAAGAAGACGGUAUUUUGGGGCGGCGUCGAAUACCACACCAUACAAAUGUACAGUCAGCGACAUAUCGGUCCUCCGGAGGGCAUUCCGGAACCAUCCUAUGAGUUUGAGCUAUACGUCAAAAAUCUGCCGCGCCACCUGUUCGAGUGGGAGCUGAUUCCGCUGUUUUCAACGGCCGGCUUCGUAUACCAAAUACGACUACUGAUGUGCUGCUUCUCCGGAUUGAACCGUGGCGUGGCUUAUGUGCGCUACACGAACAAAGAAGACUUUAGGCGGGCACUGGUCAUGUUUCACAAACUACAACUGCCAGGGUCCCAAUUUGGGGAACUGUACGCCGUCAGGAGCUUGAACACGCUGAACCUAAUAAUGCUAAACAUUAAGGCCGAAAUGACGGAUAUCGUUAUCUACGGUUUCGUCAUGUAUAUUAGUGGAGGCAUCUGCGUGCGUAUCGGUCACCGGGUUAUCGAUGAAAGUAAGAAAUUUGCCAUCAUUCAGUUCAGGAGCAACUUCGAGGCGGUCCUGGCAAAACGGAAACUGUUGACUCAUUUGGCGUUUUUCGGUGAGUUUACCUACCUGAAGUGGUACAAUUGA